UCAUUAAUGUCGAGCAAGUUCUCCUUAUGCCUGCCUCCCUGCCUGCAGUGUUAUCAGCGAGGAGCGUGCUGGGGGUUCGCCUUGGCUGAUAAGCUGGUGGUACUUAAAAGAGCGCAUGUCUGUCGGGGAAGGAUAUUUGCUCAACACCGCCGUGAAAGCUGAGAGUGCGAAGCACUCAGUAUGCAGGCGACGGCAGUUGUGUACGUGGCGCUGCUGUUGAUGGUGGGACGCUGCACAGCUGUCGAUCCUGAGGCGGCGGAUGACGCCAUGGAGGACCCAGGGGCCGCGCUGGGGGCGCCGGGGGAGGAGCUGGUCAAGGAGAGUCGGCUGGGGGCGAAGGCCUCCCCGCGCAGCCGCUUCCCCGCCGCCAUGAUCGGCUACAACCGCUACUACCCGGAGUACAGCCCCGAUUACUACUACCCUCCGGGCUACCCGAGAUAUUACCCUUCCUAUCCCAACAAUUACUAUCCCAACUACCCCACAGUUAACUACCCUCCUGUGAACUAUCCCACGAGUAACUAUUACCCGACGGGCUACCCUCCCUACUAUCCCUAUGACUAUGUACCCUACAGUGGAGGCGUCAACGAAUAUUCUGCUAGACACGAAAGGGCCUGAGUUGUUGCAGUGUUUGACAAUAAAAUUUUAUUACCAUAGUUUUGCUAAUUAGGUCCACUUCCAAAGUAUUUCCACCAAAUGAAAUAAUAUUAUUUUCUUAUUCGCUCGUUUGUUUAUUAUUAACUCAUAUCUUUCCAAGGCACUGUUGCCGCAUCUUAGUGACUACUUGUAGCACAUACUAAUUAGUCUAAUUUAUUGUUUACUACAUUUUACUACUUUUUGCAAAGAUUAUUCUCCCUACCACGGUGACUGCAUUCCGAUCCUGUGGUGAAGGGUUAUUACCUGUCUUUUGAAGUUCAAACAUGACAUUCUGUAAUACAUCAGCAUCGUGCUCUAGAUUCCUUAAUCAUCCCCGUCAUGUUAUCGUGCAAUCAUCAUGUCGCACAUAUUACUCAAUUUUUCCCAAAAUUUCUUCUAUUCUGAUAGGUUGCUCAACACCUAUAUGAAUAAGUGACCAGCUCAUUAGUGAGUCUGGCUGAUCAGUGAAUCAGUUUCGAGAUACGCAAAUGUUCCAGUAGCAUUCAUACUGGACAUUUCACAUUCUUUCGUCAUGGGAUUAUGUUUUGGGAAUACUUUCUCCUUAACUAAAAGGCCCCUUAAGUCGAAUCAUAGUUCAUAAUAUAAGCACGCUGAAAAUACCCUAACGGAACGCAUAUUUAACAUAGUCAUUCGAGCAGAGGAGAGAAAUAUUCUUCAGAAUGUGGGUAUAUUGUUUUCCACUUGAUAAAAAGAUAUUAUUUAUGUGUUUGAGAUCUCAUUCAUUGUUCAUAUCUGUGACUCCUCUACAAAAAAAAAAAAAAAAAAAAGUAACAGUUUGCUAAAAUCAAGUCGUCUUGUACAAUGAAGACUAAUUACAUUUCUUGUUACCUUUCGAUCGCUACCAGAAUGUCAGUAUGAAAUUGUCUAAUUUGCGGUAGAGCUGAGCUUUUUAAAGAAAGCGUAAUUUUUCACAUAUCACCGGAAACUGUAUCUGUAAGCCGUCAAGUUGCAACAAUAGACAGCUACUUCCUCUAUAAGAAUUUUACAUUUGGAUAAUACAUGACGUUUUCUUGAAUAACUCUGUAACAAAUUAUGUAUCACACCAAGCUAAAAUACUUUUACCGCUUUGUAGAUAUAAACUGCACAAACUAUGUGAACCUUUUUUGUAUUUUAAAAAAUAAAGAGUAAUUUUUAAGUA